AUGACCGACUCCCCUCUCCUGGAGCUGUGGCAGUACAGAGCAGUGGCCUCCCACGAGCGGCUGGGCAUCGGGGACCAGCCCAAUGAUUCCUACUGCUACAACUCGGCCAAAAACAGCACCGUGCUCCAGGGCGUCACCUUCGGGGGCAUCCCCACUGUCCUGUUCAUAGACGUCAGCUGCUUCCUGUUUUUAAUAGCAGUAUUUACCAUCAUAAGAAGAAAAUUCUGGGAUUAUGGCCGCAUUGCCCUGGUGUCAGAAGGAAACAGUGAGUCCAGAUUCCGGAGACUGUCAUCUUCCUCUUCAGGGCAGCAGGACUUUGAAAGCGAGCUGGGAUGUUGCCCCUGGCUCACCGCGAUCUUCCGCCUGCACGAUGACCAGAUCCUGGAGUGGUGUGGGGAGGAUGCCUUCCACUACCUGUCCUUCCAGAGACACAUCAUCUUCCUGCUGGUGGUGGUCAGCUGCUUGUCACUGUGCAUCAUCCUGCCUGUCAACCUCUCAGGGGACUUGCUGGUCAAAGACCCUUACAGCUUUGGGAGGACAACAAUUGCAAACCUGGAGACUGACGACAACCUCCUUUGGCUGCAUACCGUCUUUGCUAUCCUUUACCUCAUCCUCACCGUGGUCUUCAUGAGACACCACACCCAGUCCAUCAAGUACAAGGAGGAGAGCCUGGUGAGGAGGACCCUGUUUGUCACGGGACUCCCCAGAGAUGCCAAGAAGGAGACGGUGGAGAGCCACUUCCGGGAUGCGUAUCCCACAUGUGAAGUGGUGGAGGUCCAGUUGUGCUACAAUGUGGCCAAGCUGAUUCACCUGUGCAGAGAGAGAAAAAAGACUGAGAAGAGCCUGACCUACUACACAAACCUGCAGGUGAAGACAGGCCAGCAGACCUUCAUCAACCCCAAGACUUGUGGCCAGUUCUGCUGCUGUGAAGUGUGGGGUUGUGAGUGGGAGGACGCCAUCUCCUACUACACGCGCAUGAAGGACAGGCUGAUGGAGAGGAUCACAGAGGAGGAAUGCAGGGUCCAGGACCAGCCCCUGGGAAUGGCCUUCGUCACCUUCCAGGAGAAGUCCAUGGCCACCUACAUCGUGAAGGACUUCAACGCCUGCAAGUGUCAGGGCCUGCAGUGCAAAGGUGAGCCACAGCCGUCGUCCCACGGCAGAGAGCUCGGUGUCUCCAGGUGGACCGUCACCUUCGCCACUUACCCCGAGGACAUCUGCUGGAAGAACCUCUCCGUUCAGGGCUUCCGCUGGUGGUUCCAAUGUCUGGGUAUCAACUUCGUCCUCUUCGUGGGGCUAUUUUUCCUGACCACACCCUCCAUCAUCCUGUCCACCAUGGACAAGUUCAACGUCACCAAACCCAUCCAUGCCCUGAACGAUCCCAUCAUCAGCCAGUUCUUCCCAACCCUCCUCCUGUGGUCCUUCUCCGCCCUGCUCCCCACCAUCGUCUACUACUCUACGCUGCUGGAAUCUCACUGGACCAAGUCAGGAGAGAACCGGAUCAUGAUGACCAAGGUCUACAUAUUCUUGAUCUUCAUGGUGCUGAUCCUGCCCUCCCUUGGCCUCACCAGUUUGGAUUUUUUCUUCCGGUGGCUCUUUGAUAAAACGUCCUCAGAGGCCUCUAUCAGGUUGGAGUGCGUCUUCCUGCCUGACCAGGGCGCCUUCUUUGUGAACUAUGUCAUCGCCUCGGCCUUCAUCGGCAACGGCAUGGAGCUACUGCGGCUGCCCGGCCUCAUUCUCUACACCUUCCGCAUGGUCAUGGCCAAGACCGCGGCCGACCGCAGGAACGUCAAGCAGAACCAGGCCUUCGAGUUCGAGUUUGGAGCCAUGUAUGCGUGGAUGCUGUGUGUCUUCACCGUCAUCAUGGCCUACAGCAUCACCUGCCCCCUCAUUGUGCCAUUUGGCCUCAUCUACAUCCUGCUCAAGCACAUGGUGGACCGGCACAACCUCUACUUUGCCUACCUGCCAGCCAAGCUGGAGAAGAGGAUCCACUUCGCGGCCGUGAACCAGGCCCUGGCCGCUCCCAUCCUGUGCCUCUUCUGGCUUUACUUCUUUUCCUUCCUGCGCCUGGGUCUGAAGGCUCCCCUCACCCUGUUCACCUUCCUGGUGCUGCUGCUCACCAUCCUGGUCUGCCUGGCAUAUACCUGCUUUGGAUGCUUCAAGCACCUCAGCCCUCUCAACUACAAGACAGAAGAAUCCGCGAGUGACAAAGGCAAUGAGGCAGGGGCCCACGUACCUUCACCAUUCAUACCCUACGUGCCCCGGAUUCUGAACGGCUUGUCCUCGGAGAAAACAGCCCUGUCUCCACAGCAGCAGACCUACGGCACCAUCAACAACAUCAGCAGGACUGUUGGGGGGCAGUGUCUGGCACAGAGCUCAGAGGACAGUGUGGCAGCCACCUACCAGGAGGACUGA